UACCAGCCACCAACACACACGCACUCACACACACUAAAAGUUUGCAGUGUGGCGCUCGGAAGUGACGAGGCUGCUCAGAUCCACGCGUGAAAAGUUGGUGAGCGCAGAAUAACAACGUGCUACAAUCGGACCGGUGAGACAAUUUUAUAGAACCGAAAGCUUCUCAAUGGAAAAGAAAAAAAAAGGGGGGAGUCGUCACAACAAGUGAAAUGCAGUGAUUGAGCGCUUUUGCAAAAGCGGACCGCGUACGUGAUGUGAGGAGAAGAUUUUAGAUAUGAACGCACACAUCGGGAUUACGCCUCCGAUCUUGCAAUCUUUGGGUUGGCUUUUGCGUCUUCGGGGAUGUGUGCGAGCGCGACUAAGGUUCUGCUGCUGUUGCCGCUGCUUGUCGUCUGCGCCUUGGGACUGGGCUCCGAGCUGAGGGUUCGGGUCCGACUCAUCGACGGGCUGGUGACUGAGGAGGUCCUGGAGGCGGACAGCGAGAAGGACACCAUCUCGGUGGAGUUCAAGCAAGGAGACGGUACCCUAGUCACCUUUAUGGUUGACUUCAAACAGGAAGUAAAGAUAUUCCGAUCGCUAAUCCUGGGCGAGCUGGAAAGAGGACAGAACCAGUACCAGGCCCUGUGCUUCGUAUCCCGCCUGGGCCGCAAUGAGAUCAUCCCGAGCGAGUCCAUGGCCCGCCUCAGACAGAAAAACCCUCACGCCAUUCGUUUGGCGGAGGAGCGUCGCGGGCUGGAGCAGCUGAUCAUGAGCGCUUCCGUCAACGUCAGUCGGGCUUGGCGGCUGAGCGGCCACAUCCACAACAUGUGUGGUGAGGCCCACGAGGCCAUCUACACCACAGAGCCUGACGCCAAGCACUGGCUGGACAAAGGCUUUGAUGGCUCCAUGUUCGAGGCUCUGCCCUACACGUCGGUGGCACCUCAAUUCCAGGCCUGUCACGCCACUAAGGACCUGUGGCAGCCAUGUUUGUGCACGUACGGCCUGCGCCUGGAGUGGUACCCGUGCCUGCUCAAGUACUGCCGCAGCCGCGACACCACAGGCAAAGGCUCCACCUACAAGUGUGGCAUCAAAAGCUGCAGCAAGGGCUACCACUUUACGUACUAUGUUUCGCAAAAACAGCUAUGCCUCUGGGAUGAGGAGACCUAGUUAGACAGUAAUUUUAUAUGAUGAGUGAAACUGGAUCAGGUGGAGCUGCGGCGAGUUCCAGAUGUUGACGCUUGGAAAGAAAUUAAGGGAAAAAAACAAUCACUGUCAGCCAUAAAGUGAUUUUUGCCUUCACUUUGGAGGGAAAUUUGUCACCAGGGAUGAUAAAAACCAGCCAAAAAACGCUCAUCAACGAAGGAAAACUCGGAUGGGGAUGUGCCUUCAUCGGACUUGAGGAAAAACACUGCAGUCAUGGUUUCCCAAACUGUGGGUGGAGGCUCAAAAAUGGGCCCAGAGGGGAUUUAUUUUAGGGUUAAUCAAACAUACGACAAACAAUUAAGGUUUGUUGUAAUAAGUUAAUCUCUUGUGUUAAUUUAUCUACGAUAUUUUUUUUUGUGAGGAGUGGAGGAAAGCUUCCCAAUGCUGGAUUAUUUAUUUCGCUCGCAUAUGGAUUUUACUGGACUGUCUUUUUCUUUAAUUAUUUUAUCGUAACCUUUUAUUGAUGUCAUUUUUGCUGGGUUUUUUUUUAAGCAAGCUCAGUCAACCACGGGUACUCAAACCACAAAAAGUCUUCAAACUAAUCCUGCAACAUUUCCAUUUGUGACUUUUGUGUUUUCAAUCUUAUAAUAGGACACUUCGUUUGACCGCUUGAACCCAUCAUUUUCGGGCGUUGUUCUCGGCACUCACAUGAUUGUAAGUGUGUGUCGAAAUAAGCCAAAGUCAAAGGAAAGGUUGUCCAAAAGAAGGGUGUAAUGUUUCUGUGGGUGAAAAGAGGCUCCAUUCAGGAAGACCCACUGCAAUGUUGUCGCUCACAUUCUUACUAAACAGGAAUGUGGCCUUAGAGCUGCCUAUACUGCCACCAUGCGGUCAUUUCUAACAUGCUCAUGUUUACGUCAUCCGUUUCAAUGAAAUUUUGUUCUUUAUGCAGUUCAGCUCAGAUGUGUGCUCACUUAUCAUGUAUUGUUCAAUGAGAACUUCUUAAACUUGUGGGACCAAACAGAGCAAUAAUCAAACUUUAUCUCAGUCAUAUUGCGAAAGAGCCAAACAUUUAAAUCUGUGGAUUUUUCCAGAGAGCAAGUGCCUUAAUAUUUCUACCUUUGCUAUGUGUCUGUGUGUGUAGGUUAGCAUUUAAUAAGACCUACCAUGCAACUCUAAAAUUUAAUAAACCCACAACUGUACGUUUGUAUUAUAAUUGUCAUACAUUUAAUAUGGUGACAUUUUACCCAGCCCAGUCUAGCUCAACUUGUUUUUUUUUCUUUUUUUUGCGUGAAAGAGGUUUUAAUAUGACAUAAAUUUGUGAUAUAAGGAGGAAAUGAAGCCGUUAGCUAAUGUGCCAUUAAAGAGUUUCGUUUUAUAAGGUUUGUUUUAAAAAGAAUUUGCACUGUAUUGUCUUGAUUUCCCCCAUUAAGUAAUAUGGACAAGACUUAACCACCUCUCUACUGGAGUAAACCUUAUUAUUUUUAAUAAUAAAGGAUAUCUGUUUAUAUUUUUU